CAGCCUUGUCUUUCAUGCCAGCUUUCCCCAGAAAGAAUACAGCUCUUCCUCGACAACUCACAACACCUUGAACUCACCUCAAAAUGUCGUUUGAAGCAGUAUCAGAUCAGCUGAAGAUCCUGAAAGAGGUAAAUGCGCAAUUAAAAGACCUCAUCGACCGACUUGCGAAUAUCAAUUUCCAGCCAGGUUCCGUACCGCUGGAUGAAGGGGACGAGAAUGUUGCCACAGAGCUCACCUCUGAGAUACAGCAGACGAUAAAAGAUCAGGAUGAAGAUUUUGAGCUACUGUUGGAGGAGGUGCAUGAUUUGAACUCAGGGAUGGAUAAUAGAGAGGAACUUCUAUCGAACGUCACAAGAGCUAUUGCGGAGCUCAAAUUAUAUCAAAGUGCAUUCCGCAAAGCCCAAAUAACUGCAAAGCGGAAACUCGAAGCAGCACAAAGAGCAGAGAGAGAUCUGCUACUACAAUCCUACAUCGAACCCCCACGAACCAAUACCUCCUCACCAGCUCCGGGGCCUGUACCCUCCCGCCGAAGAAACCAGCAAACUGCAACUUUGACAGAAGAAGAGAAGACCGUUAAUGCUGCGAGCGAUGUGACACGUGCACUGAGACGAACCCACGAUAUGAUGGCCGCAGAACUCGCCCGCUCCCAAUUCGCACACGAGACAUUGACGGAGUCUACUGCUGCUUUGGCACAGCUUUCGGAAUCAUAUUCUACACUAGAUACCUUAUUAAGCAAUUCGCGGAAUCUACUAGGCACUUUGUUGAGGAGUCAGAAGAGUGAUACGUGGUAUCUUGAAACAGCGUUCUAUAUCCUGAUGGCUACCAUAGCAUGGCUAGUGUGGAGGAGACUACUCUACGGACCGACGUGGUGGCUUGUGUGGUUUCCGAUGAAGAUGUUUAUCAAAGGAUGGAUAGGGGUGUUUACUGCUAUGGGUCUCGUUGGCGGUUCGAAGCCGGAGAGUGGAGUGAAUCCAAGCUUGACUCCUGUAAUGGGGCAUCACACAGUUGCUCACAGCAGUGGAACGAGAGGGCCAAAGCCUUCUCUAGGCCCUCCUGGAGUUCAUCGUGUCAAUGUUGGCGGUGGUGGUCGAGGAGCUCCGAUGCAGGGCAGUAAUAAUCCCCAAGCGAGCAAGCAGGAAACUUCGGGGGAUAGUAUGUCUGAGAAGGUUGGUAGGAUCAUCGACGAAAGUCGAGAGAGUCCGUUGGGCGAGACUGAAGAAGGUGGAGAUAGCGCCCCCAAAGGAGAAGCUGAGAUACAGCGUAAUCCGAAGAAGCGGAUGUGGGAAGAGGAGAGAGAAGCUGGGAAAGAUGCCCAGAGGAAGAAGGACGAGCUAUAGUAACUCAAUCUAUCGAUAAUUACGUC